UGAACAAAACAAGGCUAUUUCAACAAAAGAUCUUUUCAUCCAAGCAUCAUGAAGCUUUGUUUACAAAGCAGUUAAUGAAUUUACCAAUCUUACCGACUAUCAAGAAAACAAGUUAUGAUGCGUUUAUUCCGCAGACACCAUCGUUGUUUAUGCUUAAUGUGACCAAGAGAAGAAUGACUUCUUUAGGAAAAACUCAAGGAAAAUUGGUUAUUCUUGGAUUUAAACUACUUAAGGACAUAGACACAAAACAUUAUGAAGUAAUGGUUAUAUCACCCAGCACUCCUUUACUUGCUUCAUCAUCUGUAGGUACUUUAGAAUUCAGGUGUGUUGUAGAACCUGUCAGAAGAUAUUCGCCAAAGAUUCAGUAUUAUCAAGCUUACGCAGAUUCAGUAGAUCUUGAAAAAAAAAUCAUUCAUUGUACUUCUAACUUGGACCGUAAGAAAGAUAAAUUCGAUAUCCAAUAUGAUACAUUGGUUGUUGCAGUUGGAGCAAACUCCAAUACUUUUUGUAUUCCGGGAGUUGGUGAUUAUGCAUUAUUUUUAAAGGAUAUCUCUGAUGCCCGUAAAAUACGUCAAAGGGUCAUUGAAUGCUUCGAGCAUGCAAGUCAACCCAAUGUGACAAAAGAAGAGGCAGCCGGUCUAUUACAUUUUGCGGUUGUUGGUGGAGGUCCUACCGGUGUUGAAUUUAGUGCAGAGCUUCAUGAUUUCAUAACAGAAGAUAUGGCUCGUUUAUAUCCGAAUUUGAUCAAUUCUGUCACAAUGACUGUAUAUGAUGUUGCACCUCAAAUUCUUGGGUCAUUUGACCAGAGUCUCAGGGAUUAUGCUAUCAAGAAAUUUACGCGUAAAGGUAUCCAUAUACGUACAGGUGCACGGGUAGAAACAGUGAAAGAACGUCACUUGAUUAUAAAUGAUAUUGGGGAAGUACCAUAUGGCAUGUUGGUAUGGGCAACAGGUUUAACGGAUAAUCCGCUGACACGAGCUAUGGGUGAACACAUAAUGCAGGAUCAAUCAGCGAAAAGGUUAUUGACAGAUCAUUAUUUACGCGUUCUAAGUAAAGAUAAUGGCAUGCCCAUAAAUAAUGU